AUGGCUUAUUUAUCAGAGAUGCUCCAACCUGGUGGAAGUCCGCGACCUAGUUCAAUCACAUUAUUUGCCAAAUCCAAAUCCAAAUCCAAAUCCAAAUCCAAAGCCGAAGCCGAAACCAAGGCCGAGGCUGAGCGAGUGACGACGGCGGUGCGAGAGGAAAAACUCAUAACUUUCAAGACUAGCGAUGGUGAGGAAUUCAAACUCAAUGAGGCUGUAGCUGUGAGGUCAGAAGUUAUCCAGAACAGGGUACAAGAUGUGGAUAGUACUUCUAAUGUCAUCCCCUUGUCUAAUGUUGAUGGCAAAACGAUGACCAAAGUUGUUCAAUAUUGGAAGAAAUAUUCGGAAGAAGGUGUUACGGAAGAUCAGUUAAAGAGUUUUGAUUAG